AUGUCUAUUGCUAUGCAUGGUUUCAAACAAUGCAAGAGUGACUAUUCAUUGUUUGUCUUCGGUGAAGGAACCACAGCGACAUUUCUCUUAGUCUAUGUUGAUGAUAUCAUCAUAGUUGGACCAGAUAAUACCAUGAUCAAGAGAGUUGAAGACAAGCCCAGCACAGUUUUCAAGCUUAAGUUUCUUGGGGAUCUAAAAUUCUUUCUUGAAUUAGAGCUUGCAAAAUCUAGCGAAGGUAUCUUCCUCUCUCAGUGCAAAUGUGCAUUAUCCUUGGUGGGUUGCAAGCUUGCUCCUUCUCCAAUGGAUGUUAAUUCUAAACUACGUGCCUCCGAAGGAGAGAUAUUAGCUGAUCCUUCUACUUAUCGCAAACUCAUAAGAAGGCUAAUGUACCUCAUAAUAUCCAAACUAGACAUCACAUUUGCAGUCACAAAAUUAGCUCAAUUCACGGCUGAUCCUCGUGUGCCCCAACUCAACGCUGUACACCAUAUCCAUCGCUACCUCAAAGUAGCUCCUAGCCAAGGCAUCUUAUUCUCAACAAUAAAUAAAUUCAAUCUCUCAGUCUAUGCUGAUGCGGAUUGGAAAAAUUGUUUAGAUAUAAGGAGAUCAACUAUUGGAUAUUGUGCUUUCCUUGGAGAUUUACUGGUUUCAUGGAAAAACAACAAGCAAACAAUAGUUUCAAGAAGCUCUACUAAGGCAGAAUACAAGCUGUUGCAAAUGUAG